CGCUUAAUAGGCCAGUGGGGAAGAGAUGGAGAAGGGACCGGACCCCCGGAGAGGGCGGGGAAGAUUGGAGUCUGUCCCUUGUCCCCCCCGCGAUGACAAUGGCUUGGUCCGGAGCGAGUUUUCAUUCAUAAAAAAGCAAAGGAGCCGGCCGGGGAGGGACUGAGUCAGAUCCGAAGGGGACACGGGGAGGUCGGGAACCCGAGACCUUUGGGGAGAGGCGAGGAUCAUGUUCCGAGACUACGGGGAAGCCGGGCCCAGUUCGGGGGGCGUCCACUACGGCCAGUCCUCCCAGCCCCCCGCCUCGUCCCAGCAGAAAUUCCCCUUCGUGCCCACCCUCAACGCGGUGAGCAGCAGCCAGGACCUGCAGUGGAUGGUGCAGCCGCGCUUCCUCGGGCCCAGCGGCUCCUUUCCGUCCUGCCCCUACCCGCGACCUCUCCCCUACUCGCCCUUCGGCCACCCGGCGCGGCCAGGGGUCAUCCGGGCCGUGGGCCCCACCCCGGGGGUCCGCAGGAGGCACAACGAGCAGAUAAGCCCGGAGGAAGAGGAGCGACGAAGAGUGAGGCGAGAGCGAAACAAGCUGGCGGCGGCAAAAUGUCGGAACCGGAGGAAGGAACUGACGGAUUUCCUGCAGACGGAGACGGAUAAACUGGAGGAGGAGAAGUCGGGGCUGCAGAAGGAGAUCGAGGACCUGCAGAAGCAGAAGGAACGGCUAGAGCUGGUGCUGGCGGCUCACCGACCGGUGUGCAAGAUUCCCGGGGACGAAGACGAGGAGCGGGAUCCUCCCGCCGCGCCCGCCCCGACCCCGGCCCGGCCCGUGCCCAUCUCCCUGUCCCCCGUCUCCCUUCUGGAGCCCGAGGCCCUGCACACCCCCACCCUCAUGACCACCCCGUCGCUGACCCCUUUCACCCCCAGCCUCGUCUUCACCUACCCCGGGACCCCGGAGCCCUGCUCCUCCGCCCACCGCCGCAGCAGCAGCAGCAGCGGAGACCCCAGUUCUGACCCCCUCGGCUCCCCGACCCUCUUGGCCCUCUGACGGCCCUCUGGACCCCGGCCCGUUGGGAGCCCUGGAACACCUCCCUGCCCGAGAGUCACCCCCACGGUCUGGACGCUCCGGAACCACCGCCCGCCUGGUCCGGGCCCGCCUCCGGCCCGGGGACCGGGGCCGCCUCCGUGGGGCGUGGGAGCCCCUGAGACGGCCCCGGAGAUGUCUUCCGUGACUCGGACUCUUGGGAGCACCGACUGAAUGUUUCCGGGCCCAGCUCCGUCAUCCUGGAGGUUCCCCCGAGCUUUGGACUCGGCUCCCGUGCUCCCGAGUCCCGGAAUCGGCCCGUCCCUGUCAAGAGCCCUCCGGGACGUCGGUCCAGCGCCCCUUUCCCUUUCUGUUGCCGGAACCAUCUAGACUGUUCCGCCAGCUCCGCUAGCUUCUCUCCGAACCCUCCAUCUCCCAAUCCAGAGCACGGCCGCGGAGGAACGGGCGGAUCUAGAAUUCCACCCGGGCCUGCUUUGGCCGCUCCACCGUAACCGUGCCCCACCUCCCGAGGGACCGGGGCUUCCAUGACGACCCCGCCGCCCGCCCGCCGCGGCCAGGGGUCCGAGCAGCCCCUUUCCCACCUUCCCUCGUUUACGGCUGCUAUUUAUUUUCCCAAAGAGGAUAUUUUUAUACCGAGGCCCCGAAGGGAAUUAAAGUCCUGACUUUCUGCCUUCC